AGAAGACAUUUGUACAAAUAUUUACUUUGAAUUUUUUCACAGACACGUUACAAGCAAGCCCGAAACCUAAUAUAAACGUUGUGCUUUGUGACGUCACGUCCUCCCGUCUCCAGCAGGUGCAUUUAUCAACAUACCUGUAAGGCACGCCCACGAAGGUCUCUCACGGGAGUAAGAUGGCGGCAGGUGCAUCGGCAACAACGGCGUCGACAACCUCCACUAUCUCCGUGGAACUGGACCAGUUCAGUUGUUCGGUGUGUCUGGAGGUUCUUCGGGAUCCAGUGACCAUCCCGUGCGGCCACAGCUAUUGCCUGAGCUGCAUCGAGGACUACUGGAGCAGAGGCAAGCCGCAGAAGGCCCAGUACACCUGCCCGCAGUGUCGUUUGGAGUUCAAGCCGAGACCGCUGCUCAAUCGCAACACUGUCCUGGGAGAGCUGGUGGAGAAGUUCAUCCAGAGCGGAGCCCAAGAGCAGCCGGCCGACGAACGCCUCCGCGGGCGGGGGCAAGGCGUUGCGGUUGCAACCAAGUCCAGUGUUGUCAAAGAGAAGCUGUGCCAGCAUCAUCAAAAGCCGCUGAAAAGCUAUUGCCGUGCUGACCAUCAGGGAUUGUGCUCGCGCUGCCUCAAAGGCCAACACAAGAACCAUGACACCGUGCGGCUGGUGGACGAGCGGAUGGCCCAGCAGAAAAAACUCCAAGAAGCAUCUUUGAAGUGCACGCAGAACAUCAAGGAUGUAGAGAAGGAGCUGCGCUAUGUGGUCAGAUACAUCAAACACGCCACGGAGGCAGCAGAGGAGGAGAACGACAGGGUCUUCUCCAAACUGCUCCGCACCAUCGAGAAGCAACGGUGUGACGUGAGGGAGGCAAUCAGAGUGCGAGAACGGGCGGCCCUGGCACAGACAGAGCAGCUGUUGGAGAAGCUAGAGCGUGAGACGGCUGAUGUCCGGAGGAACGAGGCUGAGCUGGAGAAGCUCUGCCGCAGCGAUGACCACCUUCAUUUCCAACACCUGGAUUUUUAAAAAUUAUAUUUAGGGUUUUAAUCGUCGCGAGGAUGGAUGUUCCUCAACUCACCGAAGAUGAGAUGGCUGAGAUAAAAAAAGACGUCCUGAUCCGCAUGCGGCACUACCUCUGUGAGAAGAUCCGGGCGCGUUGCCAUCUUGACUACUUGCGCUCCCGUCGCAUCCUGACUCGUGACGAUGCAGAGGAGAUCAACAGCAAGAGCACGCAAACCAGCAGGACAGGC